UGAACUGUAGAUAUGUAGAUAAAUAAAAACCCAUAUGUACACCUGUUAAACCUUUUGGGGCCUAGUUCCUAGGCCUUUUGUGUAUCCAUAUACUCUUGCGCUACCGUCCACAGGAUGGAUAUGGGGUGCACAAUAAACUAGCCACUUUGGUGGCAAAAUCUAAAUCUAAAAAGCGUAAAAAAAAUAAAAGUUAGCUCCACUAUAUGUUUUUAGACUUAUAAUGAUUCUGAUUUAUCUACUAAUGUAUGAACGUGUAUGCGUAAAAUAUUUUUUUUCUGGGCCACUAUCAUAUGGUGAUGAUGAUGGUGUCUGCAGGAAGGUUGAGGUGCUGAGGGUCUGUCUUGGUCAACGUGAUGGACAGCUGUGGCUCCGACAAAUGAAUGGUUGUAACCUCGACUUCAAGAUUGUGGAACAAAGAAAGACGGAGGAAGUGGAGGAGGAGCUGACUCACUACAUCUACAACACAUCUGAGGGACCCAUGUGGUGUGUGAGGCCUCCCGCCCUGCCACCUACACCAUCCUCCACCGAUCUGGAUUCGAUUUUCUCUCAUAAUAACGCUCUCAUGCUUGGUAUCCACCAUUCGUUAGCUGACGGGUUCACUAAUAUCAAUAUCUGCAACCUGGUGCAUACCAUUCUAGACGAUAUGGUUGCCGGUCGCCCCGUGAACGACGAACAACAGGUGGGGAAGCUUGUUGGUGACGAGCAAACUCAGAAACUUUACGAAGAGCAAAGGCAAAAGUUGUUGGGAGAUCCGGAACUCAAGGAAAGAGUCAGAAAGGAGUUUCAGGAUGGUGCCGAUACUCGUCCUCUUUUCCUGGAUGCCUUUUCCUUUUUCAGGACGAACCGAUGUGAAAACCUAUGGAUAUUUUACAACCCAAAUGGGACGCCUGACAGCUAUUACACUAUAUCAAAUAUGGGUGACGUGACGCCAUUGUUCACUGGUUGA